GGAAAAAAUGAAAACAAAAUCUCCCUUUUAUUGGUGUCAAUCUUUCUUUACUAAAUAAGUCAUGUCAUCCUCUCUGUCUGUCUAGCCGUCCAAUUCUAGAGAUUAAUUCGGGUCAUAUAUAUGCUUCACCACUUUCUCUCUUUCCUCCCUACAUUUCUUGCCAAAAAGUUAUUGGUGUAGGGUAUAUCCUCCGAGGGCCCUAGUUUGAGCAAGUUGUGAUAUAUAAGUGCUUGACCCUCCUAUCCUUUGGCUGUCUCAAAGCGGUAGAGCAACCUUGCAAGAUAUCAACCAUGUGUGACCCUAUGCCUGCAUCCGUCGACCGACACCUUAAACCUGUUCACGAAGAAACUUCCGAGGAUGAGAGGAAAACAAGGCUUGGGACUCUUAAGAAGAAGGCAAUCAAUGCCUCCACCAAGUUUAGGCAUUCCUUUACUAAGAAGGGACGAAGAAGCAGCAGGGUGAUGUCCGUCCCAAUAGAGGAUAACAUUGAUGCUGAGGAGCUACAGGCAGUGGACGCAUUUCGCCAAGCACUAAUCUUGGAAGAACUACUGCCUGCAAAACACGACGAUCAUCAUAUGAUGCUAAGAUUUUUAAGGGCCAGGAAAUUUGACAUUGAGAAGGCAAAGCAAAUGUGGACUGAUAUGCUUCAGUGGAGAAAGGAAUUUGGUGCUGACACCAUCAUGGAGGACUUCGAUUUCAAGGAAAUUGAUGAAGUCUUGAAGUACUAUCCCCAAGGACAUCACGGAGUUGAUAAGGAUGGACGACCUGUCUACAUUGAGAGACUUGGUCAAGUUGAUUCUAACAAGCUGAUGCAAGUGACAACAAUGGAGCGUUACUUGAAGUACCAUGUUCGGGAGUUUGAGAGGACUUUUGUCUGUAAAUUCCCUGCAUGUUCCAUUGCAGCAAAGAAGCAUAUUGAUCAAAGCACCACUAUUCUUGAUGUCCAAGGAGUGGGGCUUAAAAAUUUCAACAAAUCUGCAAGGGACCUCAUCCAGACCCUUCAGAACAUUGAUGGUGGCAACUAUCCUGAGAGCCUCAACCGUAUGUUCAUCAUCAAUGCUGGUUCCGGAUUUAGACUCUUAUGGAACACUGUGAAAUCUUUCCUUGAUCCAAAGACCACUGCAAAAAUCAAUGUUCUCGGAAACAAAUACCAGAGCAAGCUGCUUGAAAUAAUUGAUGCCAGUGAGCUGCCAGAGUUUCUAGGUGGCACUUGUACUUGUGCUGAUAAGGGUGGUUGUAUGCGCUCGGAUAAGGGCCCAUGGAAUGAUCCAGACAUAAUGAAGAUGGUUCAUGAUGGUGAGGCCAAAUGCCCGAGGAAAUCUUUAUCCGGCAUUGAGGAGAAGAUAAUUUCUGAAGAUGAGAAUGCCUCCUCAAAGAGAUAUGAUUCCUUCAAAUCAAAAACUGUUCCAGAUGUUGACGUGCAUUUUCAAGUGGAGCAUCGAAGACCCUCUCAUCCGCUUAAAAAGGUUUCAAUCGCAGACAAGGGCAAUCAGGCCUAUGAGUAUGACAACUUUGCACCGAUGGUUGACAAGACUGUUGAUGCAAAUUGGCCUAAGUCAGUUCAUUAUGAUGAAUUUCCUACAGAAGGAUUCCCUGUGCAUGAUACUCGCAAGGUUCCUGAUGGACUAACCAAUCAGUUACUGUCUGGACUCAUGGCCUUCAUCAUGGGAAUUGUCGCCAUGAUUCAAUUCACACGAAGCAUGCCAAGAAAACUCACUGAUGCUGCCCGGUAUGGAACCCCUGUUUACUACAAUGGAGUGGUGGUUAAAGGCCAACCGUUGCCUGCGCCUGCCAUCUCCAGCACUGACUACAAGAACUUGAUGAAGCGCAUGGCCGAACUGGAGGAGAAGCUGUAUGCUCUCAGCUCGAAACCAGCAGUCAUGCCACCUGACAAAGAGGAGAUUUUGAAUGCUGCUCUCAACCGCGUCAACACCUUGGAACAAGAGCUGUCAUCAACAAAGAAGGCACUUGAGGACACCCUUGUUCGACAGGACGAGCUUAUAGCGAACCUUGAGAAAAAGAAGAAGAAGAAGAAGAAGUUUAACCCUUUCUCUUGGUAAGGCGGUGAUCGCUCCGGCUAUUGGAUUUGAAGCUCUGGAUGAACAGAUGAACUAACGUUGAGGGUUAGCUGUUGGUGGCGGCGGUGGUUCGAUUGUCAGCUCCCCUACGGAUGCGUCGUGGAAUGCAUUCGGUUCUAUGUUUGCUAGUUUGGUACUGUAACUUACAAAGCUUUUGUACAUUACUGUGCAGUGUGCCUCUCUUUCAAAGUUUGUCUAUAUUUUGCGUAAACAUGGCACCGCUUUAGCUUUACAAUGUACAAUUUAUUUUGGAGAAAUAAGUAAAUCAUGAAUUUUAUUUGGUUAAA